AUGAAGACCUCGUUGCUUCUUCUUGCUUCGCUGCUGAAGCUGGCCACCAUGGCUCUGGCAGCUCCGACGGUGUCCGGCAGCUUGACGGCCGUCACCAUGAACGUGGCAGGUCUGCCCUCCAUCCUCAACAGCAACGGAGACAGCGACAAGAAGGCCAACUCGAUCGCCAUCGGCAAAAAGUUCGCACAGUACAAUUACAACCUGAUCAACGUCCAAGAAGACUUCAAUUAUCACGCUUAUAUCUACGACAAUGACAACCACCCGUAUCGCACUCCCACGUCGGGCGGCGUGCCAUUCGGGUCCGGGCUGAACACGCUCGCCACCAUCCCGUUCAAGGACUUGUCGCGUGUCAAGUGGGACAGGUGUAACCUCAACGAGGGCGACUGCCUCACCCCCAAGGGAUACACCGUUGUGACCCUUCAGCUGCCCACAGGCGGAGAGGUGGAUGUCUUCAACCUGCACAUGGAUGCCGGCUCAGAUGCAGGCGACUCUACCGCCCGCACGUCCAACUUCAACCAGGUAGCCAGCGCAAUUGCCAGCCGUUCCGAUGCAGCUGGUCGAGCCGUCAUCGUGAUGGGCGACACGAACAGCCGCUAUACCCGCCCUGCGGACAACCUGGCCGCGUUCCUGUCGCAAACCAAGCUCGUCGACACCUGGGUUGAGCUUGUCCGCGCUGGCAAGGCGCCUGCAUCGACCGACCCCGCCCUGGUCUGUGCCGACCCUGUCCCGACUACGACCAACUGCGAGGUGGUGGACAAGGUACUCUACAAGAAUGGCAAGAACGUCACGCUGAAGCCGAGCGACUGGCAGUACCUGGGCACCCAAUUCACCGAUGCUUCGGGCAAACCGCUUUCGGACCACACCCCGAUCUCUGUCAAGUUUACCUACACUUCGUCCUAG